CUUGUAGACAAACACAGACUUUGGGUCAAGUCACAUCCUAGUAAUUUUUGAUCACCGCACGUGAACUUUUGAGAGGAUUAGCAGAUGAAUCACAUCGCACCGCUGAACGGUUGCUGGUGAGGUGGACUCAUUUUUUGAGCAGGCUUCCUCCUGCGGUCCGCGGGCGCCUCUACCAGGAAUCUGAGGCAAAGCACUUGAAGGCGGCUGCCGCUCUUGCUGGCGCAUCGGUUCCUCUCCGGAGAUGCUCGAGCGGCCUUUGCAUCUUCCAAUCCGGUUCAGCUCCUCCGAAGCCGGAUUCGGACACCUGGGUUUUGCAACCCGUGCGCGGCUGCUGUCCUAAAAGCUGCUCUCUUUUCCUCCUCCGGCAACGCAGCUGGUGUCCUCACCACGUCUUUCCAACCACAGGCCCACCUGCACUGCCCACUGCGAUUCCUUUUCUCCACAACGGUUUCUUUUCUCCACAACAUGACGGACCGAAGCCAACUGUCCUCCUCCUCCUCCUCCUUUCCUUCUUCAUUCCCUACUUCUGCCUUCAAGGCCCCGCUUGGCUCCGUCCGUGGCCAGCAGUCCUGCUCCCUCCUGACGGCCACUGAGGACUUCAACAUCAUUCUGUACCAUUACAACCUCACCGGACGGCUGAGCCACCGGCGUCCCGAGGAAGACCAACUCGACGUCCUCAAGAUCGUCAUCAUCGCCGCCAGCUGCCUCAUCAUUUUGGAGAACCUGGUGGUCCUGACGGCCAUCCUCUUUAAGGUGAGAAGCCGACGUUGGAUUUUCACCUGCCUGGCCAGCAUCUCUUCCAGCGACCUGCUGGCCGGGAUCGCUUACUUGACCAACCUCUGCUUGUCGGGCCGGACGACCUUCCAGCUGUACCCCUACAUGUGGUUUCUCCGCGAAGGGAUCCUUUUCAUCGCCUUGGCGGCCUCCACCUUCAGCCUGCUGGUGACGGCCGUCGAACGCUUCAGCGCCAUGGUGAGGCCCAUCGCGGAAAGCGAGUCCGUCAAGACGUGCCGUCUCCGGAACUGCAUUUUCUUCUCCUGGCUCUUGGCCUUCGUGAUCGGCCUGCUUCCUUUGCUCGGCUGGAACUGCAUUUGCGACGUGCCUCGCUGUUCCACCUUGUUGCCGCUUUACGCCAAGAAUUACAUCCUCUUCACGGUCGUCAUGUUCAGUAUCAUCCUGGUGGGCGUGGUGAGCCUCUACUGCUCCAUCUACUGCUGGGUCGGGAGGAGGGUCAAGCUGGGCUUCUCCAACGGAAGCCGGAAGAGGUCCCUACGGCUGCUGAAGACGGUGCUCAUCAUCCUCCUCACCUUCCUGAUCUGCUGGAUCCCUCUCUUCCUGCUGCUCCUGAUCGACAUCUUCGACAAGAGCAAAGCCCUGUGGCUGCAGAAGGCCUUCGGCUGGUGCGUCACCUUGGCGGUCCUCAACUCCUUUAUCAACCCCAUCGUCUACUCUUUGAAAAGCCAAGAGGUGAGGCGGGCCGUGGUGGAGCUGCUCUGCUGCUGCUGCAUCUCGGCAGGGUGGCAAGGUCCCCGCGGCUGCCUCGCCCCCAGCGACCACCUCCACAGCUCCUCCACAGAGGUGGGGAGCUCCUUGAAGGUGCGCGAGAGCUUCCGCAGCCCCGUGAUAGAGAAACGGACCGCCAGGAAAGAACCUCUCUCCAGCAACUCCAGCACGUUGAGCGCUUUGGUGGUCAGUGAUGGCUCCGGCCAACCUUACCCGCAUGGGUCUUCUGCAACGUAACGAGAGCUUCGAGUUGCUGAUGCCCGAUGAGGGGACUUGCUCAGUCCGUUGCCCUCCUCGAUGACUAGUGGUCAACCAAGGGUCAACCAGUGGACCAGUGAAAUCCAAAGGACGUCCUGUUCCAAGCACGUCUUCCUUGGGCAACCUCAACUGCACAGGUUCUGAAGAGGUUCCUUGUUCUUGACUUCCCUGGCUGAUGUCAGCCCUUCCUUCCCUUUCAUCCAGCUGUUUGACUUUGACUUCUGACAUAACCCUUUGUUUUUUCCAGCUGAUUUCUUGCAGGACUCGGUGCUUCUGUAGGAACGUGACUAAAUCUCAAAAGCUGGAGCAACCCAGGGGUGAAAUCCAGCAGGUUCUGGAGAACCAGUAGCGGAAAUUUUGAGCAGUUCAGAGAACCAGCAAAUACCACCUCUGACUGGCCCCAAGGUGGGGUGGGAGUGGAGAUUUUGCAACAUCCUUCCCCCAGGAGUGGGGAGGGAAUGGGAAUUUUGCAGUAUCCUUCCCCCAGGAGUGGGGAGGGAUAGGGAUUUUGCAGUAUCCUUCCCCCAGGAGUGGGGUGGGAGUGGAGAUUUUGCAAUAUCCUUCCCCCCAGGAGUGGGAAGGGAAUGGGGAUUUUGCAGUAUCCUUCCCCCAGGAGUGGGGAGGGAAUGGAGAUCUUGCAGUAUCCUUCCCCUGCCACACCCACCAAGCCACAGCAUGCCCACCAAGCCACACCCACCAAGCAACACCACGCCCACCAAGCCACUCCCACAGAACCAGUAGUAAAAAAAAAUUGGAGCAGCCUAUUCUAUUACUGUAUUGGCACACAAUUCUUCUAAUGGGUUCUGAGAAAGAGGAGAAAACUCUUCGUUAAGAAAAGAGGACAGGUAGUCCUCGACUUAUAGCGGUUCGUUUGGCUGACUGUCCAUAGUCCUAAGGGCACUGGGAAAAUGAGUGCUUUUCACACUUACAACCACUGCAAAUCCAUGAUCGCCGGAUCAAAAUUCAGGCACUAGGCAACUGACUCGUGUUUAUGAUGGUUGCAGUGUCCCCCUGGGGUGUCACCUGAUCCCCUUUUGCAGGCUUCUGACAAGCAAAGUCAACAGGGAAAUCGGAUUCAUUUAACGACAGUGGCAAGAAAGAUCAUAAAAUGGCCCAAAACUCAUGCCACUACUGUUGUCAUAAGUCAAAAGACUACCUAUAUUCCACCUUGGGGCAUUCUUACUGGAUUGGUACAUCCAGUAAUUUUUUUUUAAGUAAGCUUACAGCAUAGGUGGCUUAGUGGGUAAGACGCUGAGCUUGUGAAUCGAAAGGUUGGCAGUUCAGCGGUUCGAAUCCCUAGUGCUGCCGUGUAACGGGGUGAGCUCCUGUUACUAGUCCCAGCUUCUGCCAACCUAGCAGUUCGAAAGCAGGUAAAAAAUGCAAGUAGAAAAAAUAGAGACCACCUUUGGUGGGAAGGGAACAGCGUUCCGUGCGCCUUUGGCAUUGAGUCAUGCCGGCCACAUGACCACGGAGACGUCUUCGGACAGCGCUGGCUCUUUGGCUUUGAAACGGAGAUGAGCACCGCCCCCUAGAGUCAGGAACGACUAGCACAUAUGUGCGAGGGGAACCUUUACCUUUUAAGCUUACAGCAAUCGGAACCAGAUAGGUAUUUUACUUCAUACCCAACAGUACAUUGGGACAAUCUCUGUCUUUUAUUAAGACUUUGUUAAGCCUCAUCAUCCAUCCGUCCAUCCAUUCAUCCAACCACUGGGAAUACAGCUGAAAUAGUCAAGGGAUUAUUUCUCACUUGUUUAAAAAGUUAUAGCAAUUACAGCAAAGGCCAGUUCUUCGUAGAAAGUAUUUUCAAUUGUAUAUACGUCGAGUGAAUUCCGCUGCUGAGAUAUAUUUUCUUUCGUCCUUUAUGGACUGUUGAAACUAGGUGUGUUCAGCUUAGAUUGAACUUCCUUAGACCGAAUGUAUUUUUUUUUAACCGAUUAUUCUUUUAUUCGCAAACUCCAUUUGUCUUGCAAACCGUGGUAAACUGAAAACAACCUUGAAUGCAGGAAUCUGUACAUAUGUAUGAAUGUAUGUAUGUUUUCCGACUUUUUUUAAAAAAAACCUGCGCCUUGAAAGUUUCUUCUUGAGAUGGCAAAAAGUAGUAAAUAAAUAAGCUAAACUUA